AAACAAGCAGGAAACAGGAAAUGUUCACGUUUCAAGGAGGCUGAAGCCCAGCACAGCAUCAUGACCGAGCCGAGGCGAGCUGACAUGAAGGCUCCCCCGGCUGCGCUUGUCUUUGCGCUGGCGCUCGCGCUCAUCCGCACCGGCCGGGGUAAUCAUGAGGACCCAGAACUGUCAACAUAUACAACCCCAGAAGAGGAAGGAACAGAUGAAGAGACUAUUUCAAGCACAUUUGCUGCAGUGACCACAGAAACACUCACUGCAGAUACGAAUUCUACCCUCCUUGAUACUGGGGAGGCAAAUCAGUUACAGUUUACAUUAAUGGUGUUGAUCCCGUUGAUUUUAUUGGUCCUCUUACUUUUAUCAGUGGUACUCUUUGGAACCUACUAUAAAAGAAAAAGAACUAAGAAAGAGCCUUCUAGCCAAGGAUCUCAGAGUGCUUUACAGACAAAUGAACUGGGAAGUGAAAACGUGAAAGUCCCUAUUUUUGAGGAAGACACACCCUCUGUUAUGGAAAUAGAAAUGGAAGAGCUUGACAAAUGGAUGAACAGCAUGAAUAGAAAUGCUGACUAUGAAUGUUUACCUACUUUAAAGGAAGAAAAGGAAUCAAACCACAACCCAAGUGACAAUGAAUCCUAAAGCUGAAUGGUGCUAAUGUUUUCCAAGAGAAGCAGCCCCUGAGGGAGCGUGCUAGGCCUGCCAACAGAGGAUGAAGAGGAUACUAAUUCAAUUAAUUUCAAAUAACAUAGACACAAGAGCCUUUUGCUAUUUCUUCCAACACCCACUCUUCAUGAUGAUGGCAUCACCUGUACUUGGAGCGACUCAGAAGUACUAGGAAAAGGCCUGGCUGACGUCCACCGCUGCCUCUGAGGGUGGAGAAGGAGUCAUAAGCUGCAUUCGCUUCUAAUCAGUGUGCAUUCCCUCCUCCUAGCCAACGGCUAGCUGUACUCAAUCAGCCAUUCGCUCUAAGCCCUUGUUACCUUCCUGCUUCAUUCCUUACGGUAUAAAUCAGGAAACUGUGUUUAAUCUAUGAUUUCCUUCUGUGUCACCUCGUUACAUAACUAGCUUUGGAUAAGUUCUUCUGAUUGUUCAAGUCCUGUGAUAGAUAAACCACAUUCCGCAAGAACUUUUCUCAAGGAGAGUUACGUCAUGGAAAAGACUCCAAAUACAGCUAGUAUUUCAGUGUAUACAACACCCAAGGAUUGGUAGACUCACUUCUCUCUGCCAAGAAGAAGCAGCGUGAGAAUCCUCAGCCGUGAUGCAAGGUUGUUGGGGGACUAUGAACCCUGACCUUGACCAGGCCCUGCUACCCUUGGGGACUUCUUGGGAGAACAAGGAAUCUUCCAUGAAAAAGCAAAUGUUUUCCUUCUCAGCUAAAAUUUCCUCUAAUUAACAUUUCCCUACGCUCAUGCUUGUUCUUGCCCACCUCCCUUGCAUGUGCUAUGUGCGUGGGGAGUAUGCAGGUGGGGUCAUCUGUCAGCCUGUCUAUGUCUCUGAGAUCUUCAAAGUUUAAAACAAACAAAACAGGAGUAGGAAAUACCUGUGCUGUGGCAGAUAUUAUUCAUCGCACUCAGUGUUCUUCCCUUCAAGCUGGGACAGGGCUCAGUGUCCUCCCCAGCACAGCGCUCAGGAGGUCCCCAUCUGCCCCUCAGAGAGACAUCAUCUUACAUGAUGUCUGCUGACCUCUUUGAGCUGGAAGCCAUAGCGCAAAAUACAGAAGGGCCCAUCCAUCACUCCACUCACCAAAAAUCAAUCUCCAUUUAAAUCUUAAUUUUCUAAUCCUGGCCUUUAAAGCAGUCUAGCAAAUUGGGAGUCCUCAGCUGUUCUGGGACACCCAACAUUUUAUUCCGGGAGAGCAAUAAAGAAUGAAAAUUUUAUCUAUCUUACUAUCCACAUAUAAAUGAAGGAGAUGAGGUUAGCCAAACAUUUGCUGCUGAAUUUUGGGUCUUGUGUUUGAAAGAUUGCCUUAAUGCAUAACAAAAGCUAUGUUUCCUCCCACUGUUUAGAGUUCCUUUAACAAGGAACCCGAAUGGUGAAGUGGUUAAGUGCUUGGCUGCUAACCAGAAGGUCUGUGGUUCAAACCCACCAGCUGCUCUGUGGGAGAAAGAUGUGGCAGUCUGCUUCAGUAAAGAUUAUAGCCUUGGAAACCCUGUGGCUCAGUUCUACUCUGUCCUUGGCAAUGGGUUUGGUUUUUUUGGUUUAACAAAUACUUGUCUUCAGAACUACACUGAUAAUUUAAAGGCAGUGUUCCAGGCCAGCGAGGUCUUUCCACAGAGUGGAGUAUUACAAAUACUGGUUUGUGUUUAAGGCUCAAUCACUGUUAUCAUGUUAUCCUGGGACUGCAGAAAGCUUUAGCUGAAGACAGCCUUCAUGCUAUAGAGCGUCUAUAGAUUGUCUGUCAUAUUCUCAUGUGCACAUUCUACUAUGGCAUUUGUAUUUUCACUGCUGUUUUCCAUACUCAUACUCAGCUUGUGGUCCACAGUGACUCAGAAAUUUAUGCCAAAAUCCCUCGUCUAUUUUUCUGCCUAUGCUUGUUACUUUAAGUUUGUUUCCUGUCCAUGUUUUGAUUCUCAGAGAGUCUCAGUUUGCUUCUUCCUCCCUCUGAGUCCCUAAGAUCUUUGCUGACCACUUAGGCCUUUACAGCUUGAUCCCACCCUGUUAAAUAAUGAACUUUUAAAGUUCAGAGAAGUAUAAGGGUUCCUGGAAUCCUAUUUUGAUUAAGCAGUAUUUUGUGAUACAAUAAAAAUAUUCUCAUUCAGUUUUUAAAAUAACUUCGAAUCCCAGAAGAAGUAAACUUCACCAACAUGUCAUUGGGUUUAUAUCUGAGCAACACGCUAACUUCUGUAAUUGUACAGUAGAAGAACAUUUUUUAAAAGAUAGUUUAUUCUGGCAAAAUAUAUAAAUUUAGUAUGGGUCAAAACAGUGAAAGAUGAACUCCAGCACCCUGUAUCUUUUUACUGCUAUUCAAUAUAUAAAAAACGAAACCCAUUGCCAUGGAGUGGAUGCCGACUGAUAGUGACUCAGUCUGUAUUGGUCAUGUAUUUAUGACAAUUUCAAGAAUUGCUUUUAAGCCAAAACUUAAUAUUAUGUUUCAGAUUAUUGUCAAUGAAAAUCUCAUCAAUUUGCUCUAAUUGGGUAGCCAAUCAGAACAAAAUCUGGCUUUAGACUAUUUUAAAGAUAUGUAUGUUUCAUUGCACUUUUGUACAUUUUAAGCAAACUACGGUAGGCUACCAACAUGCCUAGUAGAACUUCUCAGGAAACUUGUUUUAAUAAAUAUGUAAAAGUACUGAUGUGUUACUCAUAACCCAAUAAUGUGAACUCCUCUCUCAGGGAAGGUUGUUGUUACCCAAAUGGGUGCACACAGCUAUGGGGAACUAGCAUGGAUCAGCCUUGAUAUCCAUGGGGUGACAGAUGCUGCUGCUCAUGGCCCUAUAACUCCAGCAAUGUGGAUGGAUGCUUUAAAAAGUGCUUUUGUCUGUUCUUUUAUUUUCGUUGUUUAAACUAUCAAUUCCCGCCAUCUCUGGAGGAAGCGUUAUGGUGAAUAAACAUAAAACAUAGACUUUAGUUUCAACUUCUGUCAGAGUUAAUACAAAUCCUGGAUGUAGUGGAGGGAUAAGAUAAGGCUUCACACUGAGAAUCUACUGCUAAAGUCCUUAUUGUGGGGGAAACAUCUAAAUUUUAUACUGAAUUUAACACAUGGGACUUUUUCACACUCAGAAGACACUCAGGAUAAAUUCUGGAGUUUGUAUUUCAUGUCUAUAAAAGACAGUCUAGAGGAGCUUUCCCUCAUAGACGGCAUUUCCGUGAUGUUACAAUAACUAGAAGAGUCACUAUACAUUAGUGUGAAGUGGAAUCAAAUUGGUUAUUAAUAAUUGCCUAACCCAAAUAACUAAUUGCCUGAACUAUUUCUUUUUUUAAGCAGCUCUUUGGCAUUGCCUUGAUAGUAUCUCCUCUGGAGCCACAGUUUUCUUUUCCUCUUAGUUCUGGUGGCGGUGGGCAUUUGCAGAUACUGGUUUUUUAUUUCCACCCUAUUACCUUUUCUAAAUAACAUGUCAUGUUCAACUCUAUAGAUGCUUUGAUCUCUUUCUGAAAUGAUCUUUUAAGAAAUUAAAUGUCUAAACCAAAGUGAUAAAAAUAAUAUGAAGAUUUCAAUUUCAGUGCAAUUACAAGAUUAGAAGUACAAUGUAGAACUAUUUAAGAUAGCCAAAGGCACACAGAUUUUUUUCAAAAUUGAAAUUCAGGUACAGAAGUUUCAGUUAGUCAUACUUCCGAGUUUACAUCACAUUAUCUAUCACCAUUGGCCUUUGGUACUUUGUAAAUAAGUGAUUGGACUUUUUACAAAAAGCAUAUUCUUCAUACUUUAUUUCUUGGGUCUGCAUGGAAAGGACUAAUGGAUGACAUGUAGAUACUGCACACAGUAAGCCACGUUUUUCCAGUGUAAAAAUCAGUUGAGAGUCAUCAUUGCAUUACUCUGAUUUAGCUGAAACCCUUGGGUUGUAAAUAACGUCAGGAACAUGUGAAAACUCUGCAUGUUUAAUAAAUGCCAGCUUUCAGAAAGAGCAGGGAUUGUAGUUAUUCAAAAAGUUAAAAAGCAAUCUGGUAGACCACUAGUAACUUAAUAUGUGUGUAUUUUGUAUUUAAAGUUAAGUGAAAACAAUAAAAAAUAUUGUCUUCGAUGUGCUUUCAUUUUACAAGUAAUGUAAAUAUUUCCUCAGGAGGUUAGUAAGAUCAUUAGAUGUCCUAUUAAUCCCCUGAAUUUUAAAUUAUGCCUUGUAAGCCUCAUAAAAAAUCGUCCCAUUGCUACUGAUUAGAACUGAUUUGUAAAACUAUAAAACUUUUAAGACUGAUUGAAGAUUUAAAAUUUUUUUCUCCUACGCUAUUUGCAGAGAAUAAUAUAUAUAACAGAAUUUUCCUUGGUUACUUAUAGCUUUAUAAAUGUCAGGUAUACAUGUAUAUAUAUGUAUAAAUUAUUCUCAGCUGCAUGUGUUUGAUAGAAAUAAGUACAUAUAUGUUUGUACGCUAAGUUACUCUUUUAGCAGUGAUAGAUUGAAAAGCAUUUCUAAAUUUCAUUGAAAAGUAAAGCACUAUAAGAUAGGAGGAAAGAAUAUCUCCUACACUACCUUCUAUGUAAUUAAUGUAUGUCAAUAUUUAGAAUAAAUGUUUAUUUGAAGGCAAGGUAAUUGUUUACUAAAAUGUUUUUUACUGAGAGUAAAAGAGUGAGAUAUGCUUCCUUCCAAAGGAAAAUCCUUUUAACUUAACUUUUGUGAAUAUGAAAGAGAAGACCUGUUACCUUUAUAAAUGUACUCUUUUGAUCCAUAUACCUCUUUAAAUAAAUGAAACAAUACCCUAUUCAAAGAGUUCUUAUAGAAUUGAAUCUGCUUUCUACAUGAUUGUCUAGCCUGAAAAUUAAUUGGAUUUUUUUGUAUAUCUAAAAGAUACUAUUACAUAUUCUUGUCUUUUUUGUUCCUUACAAAACAUUUUUAAAUUGAAGAAUGGAAUUUUAAUUGUCUAUGGGAAUGUAAUGAAAAAAAAUUUUUAUUAAAAAUGAGAAAAUCUUAGAUAUAAAACCAUCUCUUUUUCCUGAUUACUCACUUCUCUCCAUGCCUUUAAUGUUAAUGUCAGCUUCUACACCCUGACAUUUUAACAGUGAGUGCAAGGCUGAAAGGCAGAUUCGUAACAUAAUAUUCAGACUUCCUUGAAUAAGGAUGUGUUCUUGCACCAUUUAGCACAUCAACAAACAACAGCCAGGACGUUCCUCCUGAAGGGCCCAGCUAAGGGAAAACCUGGUCAACAUGGCAUCAAUAUAUCCCUACAGUCUGCUGUAGGGUCUGUUUCUUUCCUACUUUAACCAGAACUUACUUAGUGAUGGGAUGGUUAGCCUGGAGAUGGCAUGGACAGUCCCACAGAGUUAGAGAAAUGAUGCUAAGAGAAAACAAUAAUCUUGACUAGCACUUAGUAUGUGUAUCACUUAGGAAUUAAUUUCAGCCUCUAGUAUUAGAGACACAAAAUAAAGUUGAUUUAAACAAGUUUUUGUUUUUUCCCUCACACAUAGAGACGUAAGCAGUCUAGGGCUGGUAUGGUGGCUCUAUGAUCAUCGACUAUGUUCCUUCCAACUUUCCCCACCUUCAUUAGCGCAAGGCUCCCAUCCUCAGGGUCACCACAUGAUCCAAGUGGUUGCCGUAGCUCCAGCCAUGAUAUUUACAAGAAGAAGGAGAGAGAGAGGGAAAUAGCAUGAGGGUGAGUCUCCCAAUGAGGUCAACCACUUUUAAGGAGUCUUCCUGCCAAUCCAACGACAGAGCUCUGACUACCUCUCUUUGGCCAUCCCAUGUGCAAGGCUGCAGGGAGAUGGUUGGGUACACUGUCACAUCCAACAAGAAGGGGUUCUGUUGUGAAGGACAAAGUGGUGAAAGAAUAUUGGGCAUCUGAUGAAGUAGCAACCUUGGCCACAAGAUGCUAAGCAUUUAACAUUUAUCAUCUCAUUGUAAUCCUCAUAAUAUAUUUAUGAGGUAGUUUUAGAGAACUUAAUAACUUGCUCCAUGUCUCUACAACUCCAAAGCACAGGCUUUUAACAACUGUACUAUACUGGCCAGUAAUAAGCAAUAGGAAAAUGUUUAUGAAGGUUUCAAUCAUUGUCAAGAGGCCUGAAGGUGGGCACAGCCUGAGAUCAGAAGUAGCAGUGACUGCGGGACAGCAACACAGGCAGGACUCCAAGUCCAGAAGAAAUGGUAUCUAUCCCAUGGUAAGAAAAAAAGCCAGGGCUUGGAAGAGAGGUGAUAAGGAAAGAACCUAGUUUCUUGACCUACAUAAUAUUAAGGGUUGGGCCACCAGGAGAAAAAAAUAAAAUGCCUACUUACUAGAGCUGAGAUAACAAGAUAUUAGUUGUACUCUUUAAAGUUGCAAUGGAUAGGCAUACCCAGAUACUCUGAGAAACAGGCAUUCAGUGCUAGAAUCUGACAUAAUAUCACCUCUUUCACGGCCAUAGCUACUCUGGUUUUCAGCACACCAAAAUCUAGUGUGUACAUAGGACUUGUGUAGAAGAGGAAACUCAGCAUUGUCUGGGAUUUAGCCUGAGUUCAAGUGACCCACCUCUGGGUGUACCAGCAUUCAUGCUUCCCAAGAGAGAAAAUAUGAUUGGGUUGGUGUUCCAGUCAACUAUUACUGCCUAACAAACCACCUCAAAAUUCAGUAGCUUAAAACAACAACACUCAUUUAUUUUGCCCAUGAGUGCAAUUCGAGUAUGGCUCAGCAGGAAUGGUUCAUCUCUGCUCCACAUAGCAUCAGCUGAACAGCUUCAUUUGGGCUCAGUCUACUUUCAAGAUGGCUCACUCAUAUGCUGGCAAGUUGGUGCUGGCUGUUGGGUCAGAGCUCAGCCAGGACUGUGGGUCAGGGGCCUUCAUUCCUAUUCAUGUGGGCCUUUCCAUGGACUUCUUGGGCUUCCUGACAGCAUGCUGGUUGGGUUCCAAGACCAAGUGUCCCAAGGGAACAAAGUAGAAAUACAGAGUAUUUUUAUAACCUGGACUCAGAAGUCACAUAGCAACACAUCUACCAUACUCUAUUGGUCAAGGCCGUCACAAAGUCUACCCAGGUUCAAGGGGAAAGGGGACACAAACCCCAGCAUUCAAUAGAAAGACUGUCAAGGUGUGAAAAAA